CUACAUCGCAGUACCACUUUUCCACCUGUACGGGACAGAACGCAGGUAAACUCAGUCGUACCGCAGUACUCUAUCUCGCUCGGCACCAAUCGUGAUUCGGAAUUUUUGAACCUUCGUCGAAGACCGUAAACAAAAACGACUUUCGGAGAAAAAAGUGAUUUUUGACAAAUUUAAUUUGAGUUUGAUUGUUUCUCUUUUAUUUUGUGUGUUAGUUAGUUUAUUCUUCUUAGUGUAGUUUACUAGAACACUUUCUAUUUUUUUUCUGCAAAUAUUCUUUCGCGUACAAGUGUUUUUUUAAGUGGUUCAUGGAUAUAACAUGUGAAUAGCAGUGUUGGAUAUUAUUUUCUGUACGAAUAGGAAAAGCUUGCAACAUGUCAUAGACAUCAGAUAACGAUCGAAAAAUAAUAAAACGAUCAAUAAACGAACGAAAUUUGAGACUAAUUCGAAUCCAAGGAUAAAAAACAAUGGAGAACAAUUUGUUUUCCAGCUCAGCUCUAUUCAUCUACAUUGUUGCCGUUUUGAACGUGGUUUAUGGACAAGAAACCCCUUCAACUACCACGCCAUCUUGCUAUGGCGGUGGUUCGAUCGCCACGGCUGUCAUUGUGACGUUUUUCCUAACGUUACUGCUGGUAGCUGCGGUGCUGUAUUUUUGGCAAAGAAGACAGAAAAACAACAAAGAGAACCACUUAAUUUUGGAAUCUGAUCCAGAGCGCGGUGGAAAGGCAGAGUAUGCUUUUGACAAUCCAGGAUUCAAAGAUACGACUAUAUUGGCGACGACUGAAAAAAGUUCAAAGUUAGACAGUGGCAACAAGGCAAAAUGGACACACUGGGCUCCAUUGUCCGGUCUUCACUUAAAGUCAUCAGAAAAGAAGAGGGCGUUGGAUGACUCAAAUAUUGAGAGUCAAGUCAAAGUGGUGGCAUUAAAAAGCCAGGACUUUACAGGAUUGGGCUUUAACAUAUGCGGCAACAUGAGGGAAGGGAUCUAUAUUAAGGAUAUCUUACACAGGGGUCCAGCUUUUGAAUCCAAAAAACUCAGUUCAGGUGAUAGAAUAAACAGUGUGACUAUCAGUUUUGAACACAUGGUCUACGAAGAUGCUCUGAAUAUACUGAGUUAUGCUAGUCCUUACGAAGUGAUCAUUGAAGCAAAGAGUGGUAGGAUUCUAUCAUACACCCAGGGACAAGGGCAGAACCUCGUUCACCCUGUAUAUAGAAGCUCUAGUUUUAUCGAUCUCUAUCAUGCUGAGAAAUCUUCGAAAAAGAAGCUCUUCGGCGACGACUACUCUUCCAGCUCGAACUACUCGAGCUUACAGAAAUCCAGGAGCAACAUGACCACUCUGGAACGCAAAGAGUCCAAAUCACCACGUCCCAACCAACCCAAACCGCGAAAAGCCGACACAUCACCUCAAAAAAUGACACCUGAGUCACUCAAAACCCAUCUGGAAACGAGAAUGUCCGAGGAAGACUUCAGACUCAAAGACCAAUCAUAUUUAAUUGAGUCAGACUUGCAAAAAUCCGAAAAUAAGAGUCAUAAGUUUGGUGUGAAAGUUUUACCUUUUGAUAAUUUGGAAAAAAGUCCGAAGAUAGUGGAACAGAAUCAGAAUAAUUACAAUAUUGAAAAGAAUUUUGAAGAAAUUCCGAUCAGGAGUAUUGAUGAAGUCGAUGCUAACAAACUUCAACCCCCUCAAGCAAAAAAACGCGAGAAAAAAUCCCCUGAACCUGCGUUCCAGCGUAACGAUUCGGGAAUAAAAAGGGACAAGAACGGGAUUCCCCUAGAAAUCCCCGAACACAUGCUUGGAGCUGCCGUAGCAGCCAGAAGAAACAGACAAAGUUCUAUUGAAAACGGUAUACACGAAGAAGAGUCAUUGGGUAAGCUCAAACCAAAAGCCCCACAACCACCCGCUGGCGAGAUUAAGCUCAAUUUUGGACUAGGAUCGGGAAAAACUCGAGCCUUUGAAGAUCUGAGCGGUUUAGGAACAGGAGAUUCCUCUCCUAGCGAAAAUAACUUAAGAUACGGAUCAGAUUCCGAAGAUGAAAUGAGCAGAACCCUGUCUUCCGUCAACACCAUCGAACUAAACGCUAGCGACAUCACCAUACAUAAAACCGAGGACCAGGAGAGACAAGCUAGGAAGACAGCCAGCACUGGGGAUUUGUCCAAAAUGAAGAAAGCCCCGCGAUCUAACUCUGGAACAUUGGAGAGAGCCCAGAGUCUGGAUAUUACCGACAAUACAGGUCCAACUCUAACCAAAAACGAGACCCAUGACGCGAGGGACAACCUGUUAAUUGACCGAGAACCUCGCCUGUCUCUGAUUCUGGACGGUUUGAACACAUUCCAGAGGAACAGGCUGAAGAAGUCAACGGAAUGGGGAAAUCUAGAAGACGCCAUCUUAAGCGUGGAUAAAAGUGACGAAGAAUGGGACCAAAGAAGGUAUUCUGAACCCCAAUUCAACGCUGUGAUGGAUCGGGUCAUCCAGAUCAAAAAAGAAAACGAAGGAAUCGAGGUGAUUCCUGAUGAAGUCGCUAGAGAGUACCAGAAACCGAAACUGUGGCAUCCUCCAGCUGAUACUGCGAGUAAUAAAAUAUGGCCUGACGAGGAAGAGAUCGAAAAUAUAAGAUUCGAAAAUUCUGGAUGGAAAAAGUUUGAAAAAGUCUCGAAAAAUGGACUAGAGUCUGAAGAACCUCUUUACUCGAAACGUCAACAAGUUCCCGUAGUUCCGGAAAGAGCUCCUAAAUCCCACGAACCUAAAAUCUUUCAAUCAAAUUCUGACGAAAGUUUUGAAGAAAAACACGAACAAGAAAACGGUGAGAAACUCGUAAAUAUACUGGAGGUUUCUCCGAAAUCGACUCUUAAAGUAGACGUGCAUGAAGAACCGUCAAAACCUUCAAUUAGUCCAAGAAGUAAUUCUCUACUCAACCUCACCAACGCACCAAAUACAAACAUUUUAGUGGAGUACGAAUGUAUUAAACCUGUGCCUCCUAAAAGAGAAAAAACUCCCGAAAAAGAAGCGGUAAUCGAUUUAACUAACAAAGUACCUGUCACUUCGUUUGAGAAGCACAGCAUAGUGAAAACGUGUUCUAGACUAGCGAAAGGUAGGAAUCCUGACGGUGAGAUGAUCAAAGAUGAGUGGGAAGUUGAUAAUUUGCAUGGUGCGUCAUCCCCAGCACCUUCUAUGACCCUAGUGGAAGAAGUGUUGGAUAGUUAUAACAAAAACCACACCAAUGACGUAACUGUAGUAUCCACGUCACCAUCUAAUGUUCCAGAUGAAUCGAAAACAGCAGGAAACAUAAAAAAUGCAACUGCGAACUUUAUUUUUAAUGAGAAAUCAGUGUACGAAGUAGAUACUAAUAUUCCAGACGACGUCAAAGUUUCGAGAAACACUUUCGAAAGUUUGGAGGCAAAAAAGCCCUCUUUUAAAUUCGAUGUGCCUAUUUCGGAGGAUAAAUUAAUCAGUCAUGUUACAGUAAUGGAAAACGGCGGUUCAAACUUGCAUUUAAGCAUUAAUAAUGAACCCAGUGAGCUGUACACUACCGCUCUGGAGAACACUGUUCUCGAAGAAGGUCCUACAAACGAAGUUACCGUUAUAGUAUCCAGACCAGACAAAGUAACUCUAAAGAAAAUAGAAACAUCGCAGACCGCUGAUCCUGUGGUGGAAAUAACUGAGAGUUCGUUUUCAAAAGUUACUAAAGGAGCGGAAGAGAUCCCUGUUAGUGUGAAUGAAAACAAAUUUAUCACAGUGAAAAAGGGAGAUCAUCAAGAUGACUACAAAGUCGAAAUCACUGAAAGCAAGUAUUCUACGUUUGAAGUAGAUAAACCUAUGUUACAAAUACUUAACAGGGAACUCCAUAUACAAGACCCUCUUAUAGAACCUAUUCCUAUUGGAACUAUCAUUGAGAAAAGUACAUUUAAGAGCAUAGAUGACGAAAGUCCUGCCAUAUCUCUGACAGAAAUCAAACCUCUGGAAGACGAAAAUAUUGAAGAAGUUAAUCAAACUUCAGAGGACGACCAAAAAACUUACAUCACCGAGAUUCAAGUGUGCACGCCCACUAGCAACGCUGUGUCUGAAGUCAAAGUCAGUCCAACCAAGGACAACUUAGACACGGCCUUUGAGAAAUACGUGAAGAAUUUCGAAUCCAGGCUUGAAUCAUUUGAAGACAACAUAGAUAAUUUUGAAACCAGCUUGGAUGAGUUCAUCAAGGACGAACCCAAAUCCAUCGUUCUGGAAGAGAAGACAGACGCGGAGAAACAGGCUAGUAAAAUCCAGGAGAUCGCAGAGGAACAGCUGAAAACUCUUCCAGAGAUGAGGUUUAGUACCUCGAGUUACGAGGAGUCUAGAAGGACUCCCGAAAAAAGACACUCGUUCGAGUUGUUGAGGUCAAACUUCGAAAAAGCCUCAGGUGACAGAAGUCCUCCCAAAAGGGACAACACCACUCCUCCAAAGUCUCGCAUUCCUAUCUCCACGACGAUGAAGACUCCGCCAACUAGUCCAGAACGACGUGAUUCCAGAAAUCUGGAAAAUGAGAACGAAAAGGCUAUUUUAGAGCUGAUGUCUUCAUCGUCCAUACAUUCCACACCUUUUACAUCGAAAAUUAAACCACCUAGUGUUAGUAGUAAGAAUAUUUCGGUAACUUCCAUAAGAAACAGUUCGAAAAUACCAUCUGGACUACCUACAUUGAACAGUAAACCUCCUAUUGCGCCUAGGAAGAGUGACGAUGGUUUGUCUACAAAUGGCGGGGUUGAAAGCAGCUUUAAGCAAUGGGUCUUUAAUUCAAACAGCAAUGUUAGCAACGUUACAGUGGGCAAAGACAAGUAGAGGAUGGUUCAAAAUGUAAAAGACUAUUGAACAGAGGUGAUAGAUUUAUAGUGAUAAGAUACUUACAAAUAAUUGUUAUUUCAGUAUUUCUGACAACUCUAGGUUGUUAUUGUUAUAGGUAUCCAACAUAGAUAAUUUAUAUUGUUUGUAUAGCAAGUGCCAAGAUAGUGUACUGUAUAUUUUAGACAUCACACAGCAUAAUCAAGAAAAACUAACGAUUUUACUCUUAUAUACCUCAUAUUAUGCUCAAAAAAUUCAUGGUGCUGUACUUAAGUGUUUAUAAUUAUCUUUUAUUUUGCGAACAUUUUGUUAAAUAUAACUAUUAUUUUAAAAUAUAUUUGGUUGAGCCCUUAA